AUGACAGGUGCAGAUGAACAAGACACGUCGGGUCCCAACGCGCCCUUGCUCGCCUCCGCCCGCGAUCCCGACCAUGACUAUGAAGACAAUGGCAACGAUGGCUUGGCCUCCGAGCUGGAAUUCUCAGGGGGCUGGUUCAUAUGGGCGUUGACUUUCUCAGCAGGAAUCAGUGGGCUCCUUUUUGGAUAUGACACAGGAGUCAUUUCCUCUACCUUGGUGACAGUCGGCACGGAUCUCUCGAAUCGAUCAUUGACAACCCUCGACAAAAGCCUCAUCACAUCAUGUACGAGUCUGUUCGCAUUAAUAGCUAGUCCAUUCACAGGAGUGUUGGCCGACAAGCUGGGCCGUCGGAAGGUUAUACUUGGCGCGGAUGCAUUAUUUGCUCUAGGGGCUCUGGUACAAGCUUUUUCAAGCCAAGUUUGGGGCAUGAUUCUUGGACGAAGUAUUGUCGGCCUUGCGGUUGGGAGCGCAAGCGCGGUUACUCCAUUGUACAUUUCUGAAUUGGCACCAUCACACGCAAGAGGAAGGCUUGUUACUAUUCUCAGUCUGUUUAUCACUGGCGGCCAGGUGGUAGCAUACAUAGUUGGCUGGCUUUUCUCCAGUUCAUUCGGAGGCUGGCGCUGGAUUGUGGGCCUUGGGGCAUUCCCGGCCUUCUUCCAGCUUGCAAUUCUCGCUUUUCUACCCGAGACACCUCGGUGGUUGGUCCAGGCUGGAUUUGAUGUCCAAGCGAAGGCCGUUCUGACCAAGAUUUACCAAGAUUGCCCUGGGUGUGACAGGGUAACCGAUAGAGUCUUGCACGAUAUCAAUAGGGAGAUUGACGAAGAAGCGUUAGAGUUAGGGCAAGGUAAAGCUCGAGGUACAAAACCUCAGUGGUUACACGAUACCCUUGAACGAGGGCAGCAGUUGUUGCAUGGCGGGAACAGGAGAGCAUUGAUCAUUGCAAUGAUGCUUCAAGGGGUACAGCAAUUGUGUGGUUUUAACAGUCUAAUGUACUUCUCGGCAACCAUCUUCUCAGCUCUGUCGUUCUCCUCCCCGACGUUGGUGUCUCUUUCAGUGGCUUUCACCAACUUCAUAUUCACGCUUCUUGCAUUUGCGUUCAUUGACAGAAUUGGACGCCGACGCAUUCUGCUCUACUCCAUGCCAGUCAUGACUAUUGCCCUAAUUGUCUGCGCGCUGUCAUUUUCUUCCUUCAAGGAUGUAUGGAACGACCAACCGCCAACGCGACGUGAAGAAGCCCCCGAUAGUUCUGGUUCAUUGAUGCCACUUGCCAUCUUGUUUUGCCUCACCGUAUACACUGCGGCUUAUGCCUUCGGCCUCGGAAAUGUUCCAUGGCAACAGUCGGAACUUUUCCCUCUGAGUGUACGUUCACUUGGCUCAUCUUUGGCCACUGCAACUAACUGGGGUUCGAACUUCGUCAUUGGUCUUACUUUCUUACCCAUGAUGGAAUGGAUCUCACCCUCAUGGACUUUCCUUCUCUAUGCUCUGGUCUGUGUAGCUGGGUGGGUUGCAGUAUGGGCAAUUUACCCUGAGAUGAGUGGACUUGGUCUUGAAGAAGUGAAGGGUCUUCUGGCAGAGGGAUGGGGGGUGAAAGAAAGCUUGCAAAGAAAGCGUGUCGCGCCUCGUGUAUAG